CUAAUAUUGAAUUGUUAAUAUUUAAUACAGAUUCAUGGAAUUAUGCUUUACAAAAGACUUAGAUCUUAGCUAUCUAAUAAAUUUAUUUUUUCAUCUUUCCGACUUUUCUAAGAGGUUGGAAUCGAGAGUUGAAAAGAGUGUGGUACUCGAACCAUCGCUUAAUUAGUCCGGAUUUUUCUGUCCGCUAUUCGAACAUACAACAUCAUGUCAGCUCAGCUUAACGACAAUCCAACAAACAUCACAGCUAGCUCUCUACACAAAAGCCUCAUCACCUCACCCGCUCACAAUUAAACCUCAACCCAAACAGACUCUUAAACCUCAUCCAGCAACACAUCCCGCUCAUCAACCAACAAUGACCACGCAACCCAACCCCCCCAAGCGCCAAAAAACCCCCAAAGACGCCCCCUACCACCUCAUCUACUGGCCCGGCAUCCCCGGCCGCGGCGAACACAUCCGCCUCCUCCUCGAAGAAGUCGGCGCCCCGUACACAGACUCCGCGCACACGAAAGACGGCAUGAAGCUCGUCACCACCGCCAUCUCGACCGCCAACCUAGGCGACGCACAUAACCCGCCUCCCCUCGCGCCCCCGAUACUGAAACACGGAGAUUUAACCAUAAAUCAGACGUCUAACAUCCUGUUUUAUCUGGGCAAGAGACACGGAUUGAUGGGCGCUGACGAUGACGAAGAUGCACCGUACAAAGUCAAUGAAUUGGUCCUGACGGCACUAGAUGGACUGAGCAACGAGCCGCAUGACGUGCACCAUCCCGUUUCGACGAGCUUGUACUACGAAGACCAGAAGGUGGAAGCGAAGCGCAAAGCGAACGACUACAUCACGAACCGGCUGCCGAAAUUCCUGGGCUAUUUCGAGAGAGUCCUAACUGGGGAAGCGAGCAAGGGCGGGGAGUGGCUGUAUGGGGGUCGCUUGACGGUCGCGGAUUUGGUGCUGUGGCAGUGUAUUGAUGGAGUCAAGUUUGCGUUUCCGAAUGCGAUGAGGAGGUUGGAAAAGGGGGGAGGGUAUAGGAGGGUUUUUGGGCUGUAUGGGAGGGUGAGGGGGAGGGAGAGGAUUGGGAAGUAUUUGGGGGAUGUGAAGAGGCAGAGGUAUAGUAUGGGGGUUUAUAGACAUUAUCCUGAGUUGGAUGAGGAUGGGGAGGGGAAGGGGGAGCAUUCGAUCAGGUCGCAAGUGAUCCUGCGAGUGAUACAAUGUGUACUUCACACUCAGACGAACAAUUCGUUCGCUUAA